AGUCAUCAGAGUUUUUCAGUGAUUCAAUUAUCGAGAUCCAAUUAUAAUGAACAAAUGACUGACAUAGGAUAUAAACCAACAGAGACAGAUAAAGAGAAGAAAUACUCAAGAACACACACGGACACGGACACGGUCACACACACACACACACGUGCAAAAGACACAGGCUCACGCAUAUAUACACACACGCACUGACUCACUCACUCACACACACACUCAUAUAUAAAGUGAAAUGGGGAAGUGUGAGUGAGAAAGAUGGUAGUAGAGUAUGAGUAGCAAUGGUAGUAAAAAGACAAAGCGAGUAAGAGAGGCAGAGGGGGAGAAGAAGAGAGAGAGAUUGAAAGAGAAAAAGUCGGUGUGAAAAGAGAGAGAGAGAGACGAGUGAGUGUGGAUGAUGGUGAGGGUAAGAGGGUUGAAAGGGAAGUAAAGGGGAAAGUGUGUGGAGAGUGAAAGGGGCAGAGAGAAAGCGUAUGUCUCUAUAACAGUUGGAAAUUGUUUGUAAGAGAGAAAGGGAGAGAGACGUGAAUGAAGGAGAAAAAGCGGGAAGGAGAGACAGAGAAAAGGGUUAGAAAGAGAGAGGGAGAAACAGGGAAGAGAGGAAGUAAAAGAGAGAAGUAGGGAGAAAGGAGAGAGAGAGAGAGAGAGAGAGAGGAAGAUAGGUAGAGAAAUGCAGGAUAAUUUUGAAGUGUUAGAAAGGAAUGUAAACGACAGCUCCUAGCAACAUAAAUAAUCAAAACCAUCAAGACAGAGAAUACAUCAUUGAGAACAACAACAACAAUAACAACACCAUCAAAUGCUGCACAGGACAUCAAUAACAGCAACUACGCCAACAAUAACAGCAGCAGCAACAACAACAACAACAACAGCAACAUUAGCUAAAGCAGCAGCUGCAGUUGUGAAAAACAUUGGUAAACAACACUGGAGUAGAUACUUUUGAGACAGUAAUAGAAAGAGAGAGAGAGAAGGAGAGAGAGAUUGAAAGAGCAGGAAGAAAGAAAGAGUAGAUAAAUUUGACAAAUAAAAAUAAUUGAAAUAAAAAGGAGGGAAGAAACAAAAGUUCUUUGUAUUAUUAAUGUCACUAAAUAAUUUUUUUUUUAAGAAAACAACAGUAACGAUAACAGCACCAGCACCACCGCCAUUAGUAACAACAACAACAACAACAACAAUAAAAAUGAUAACAAAGCGUGAAGAAGAUAAAAUUUUUUUAAAUAUCGCUUAAAGAUAAUAAAAAUGCUAACACGUCCGCACAUUUGACAAAGUAUUUAACAUCGACACACAGACACGGCGAAUAAAAACGGAUACACAAGAACUUCAAUACACCUUAAAGUGGACAUAUCCGGCGCAAAUAUUCUCCCUCUUUUGUGUUCAAACUAACCAAAUCCAGCCCCUGAUGUCUCCUCAGCAGUGUUCAUCCUUAAAAUAUGCAAUCGCGACGUCAAAAUUUGGAAGAUGAAGAGAAAUUCCAAACAAUGUGAAUAAGGAUUACAUUUGGCAGCGAAAUAAACUGAAUGCCAAAGGAUUGUACAUCCAUAUCCAUGUAUCCCUUUAGUAUUUAAACUAGUCAUACCCCCAGGGUCCAAAUAUUCUACUUGUUUUAUAUUCAAACCAGCCAAAUCUGGCCUCUCACACAUACCCAACAAUGUCAUUCUUAAAAUAAAACAAUAAUCUUGUCAAACAAUCUUUACAAAAUGACGCAUUCGCAUUCAUUAUUGACGUUCGGUACUUGGUAUGCGGGCAUCCAUGGUUACUUGAGUACGUGUGUUUGUGUGUUCGGUAUUGUCACCAGUAUUUUCAACAUUACUGUUUUAUCUCGCAAGAAUAUGCGAACUCCGGUCAAUAAUAUUCUCAGUUGGUUGGCUGUUUCCGAUAUGAUCACAAUGGUAUCUUAUGUUCCGUUUGCCAUCCAUUUUUACAUCUUAAAUAACCCGAUGCAGCUGUCACCGACCAAAAACAACAAAAGCUGGACGUGGUUCAUGCUUUUCCAUUUGAACUUGGUCAACACCACACACACCAUAUCGAUCUGGUUGUGUGUUCUGCUCUCCAUCAUACGCUACGCUCAUUUAAGGUCGCCGGCCCGCGGGGAAUACGUCCGGUUACGACGGCUGAAACUAUCUCGGAUCUUCAUAAUGAGUAUUUAUGUCUUUUCGGCCGUAAUGAUGACACCAAACUUCAUAACGAAGAAAAUCGUCGAGAAACCAACGAUGGACAAUCAAACUGUCUAUCUGAUCAUUGACGAUAAUUUGAUCAAUUCCGACUCUCAGGCGGCAAUAAUUCUUAACUAUUGGCUGUACGCCAUAACAGGGAAGUUGCUGCCUUGCGUCCUCAUCUUCAUAUUCGGAGGUCUCCUUAUUUAUAAGAUACAUGAAAAGACGCGCCGGCGCAAGCAAAUGAUGCAGAUAUCUUGCGCCAAUCGGACUCGCCUCUCAGAACAUUCCCGAACAACGAAGAUGCUGUUGACGGUAAUUGUUCUGUUUCUCGUGACUGAAUUACCCCAAGGUAUAUUGAUUGUGAUGAGCAUCACCACACCGAACACCUUCGACUUCAUUUACGUACCACUCGGCGACCUCAUGGACAUUAUCGCUCUCGUAAACAAUGCUAUCAACUUCGUACUUUACUGUACCAUGAGUCAGAAAUUCAGAAACACUUUCUUUGAAGUUUAUUGCGCAUGUCUGUGUAUACAUUCCCAAAAUGAGAGCGAUCUGCCUCUCAGACAGAAAAUUGAUUCAUACAGCAACAACAACCAGGUGUGAACAGAUCUAAAAAUAAUGAAAAAACUAUGAAAUGCAGUCAAAUGAAGUGAUAUAAACACUUGUUUGUGAUU